UUUUUCCACUCAAUCUCGCGCCGGCGUCGAAGAAGUGAGCUCAUUUGCCAGUCGCCGGUAGACGAUCGACCACUGUGUGCCGAAGACGGUUAAAUGGAUAUGGAUAUGGAUAUUCCUUUUCCGGACGAGCUCGAGCUUCUCGAAGAAGAUUUUCAUCUAUAUGAAGAUUACAUGGAACCUGAACCGCCCGAAAUCGACGAUGAAGAAGAAAUACCGGAGAAAGAGCCAUCGGACAGUCCGAUUCCGCAAUCGAACUCGCCCAGAUUAUCCAGUAUUGCGUCGAAUUCGGUCACUGAUUCUUCUUCAGUGAAUGGGCUUAAGCGACUGAGAUCGGACGAUGCCGAUGCGCCGAUGGAGUUGGUUUCGGAUGAUGCGGAGCCUUCAGGAGGGAAGAAAAGCAGGACUGAGAAUUCAGUGGUGGAGACCGAGGAGGCUUGGCUUCGAUAUUCCCCGCCCAGGGAGAAGAAUUCUACGGUGGAAGAAGAAACGAGUUUGGUAGUGGAGGAAAAAACGGUUUUCAGGUACGUAACGGAGAUCGAUGGCGAUUUUAUGCCGAUAACGGCACCAGAUAGUGACGAGAGGGUUUAUGCAAAGUUAGGCCGAUUUGGGGACAAGGAAGAGUCCAAGAAAUUGGACUUGAAAGAGCGUCACGAAGGUAUAAUGCCAGAAAAUAUCAAUGUCUUAAUGGAAAGAGCGGAGAAGGAGGCUUUGGCCAAGACCUUGGAGGCUAGUUAUGAUAUUCAGCUUGAUCCAUGUCCCCCUCAAGGACCAGUGGUGCAAGAGAGACUUUGGGUGGAUAAAUAUGCUCCUAGUUCCUUUACAGAGCUUCUUAGUGAUGAACAAACAAAUCGCGAGGUUCUUCUAUGGCUAAAACAAUGGGAUUCCUGUGUUUUUGGAUCUGAAAUUAGGACUACAUCAGAGGAAGUUUUAUCUUCUUUAAGGCGGCACACUGCCAUUGCUCAGCAUCAUAGGCUCUCUGGCUCAAGUUUUACUAGGAAGAAUAAAUUUCAAGGACGGAGGUCUGGUAAUUUUCAAGAUUCUACUUUCUUGGAUCAACAAAAUAGUAUUGCAAAUGGCAGUCAGGACACAUUGGGCAAGAAGACGAGGCUUCCAAGUCCACCAGAACAGAAGAUCCUCUUACUCUGUGGGCCCCCAGGACUUGGAAAAACUACACUUGCUCAUGUAGCUGCCAAACACUGUGGCUAUCAUGUGGUGGAGAUCAAUGCUAGUGAUGAUCGGACAUCAUCAACAAUUGAAUCCAAGAUUCUUGAUGCCAUUCAGAUGAACUCAGUCCUAGGUGAUGCAAGGCCAAAUUGUCUGGUAAUUGAUGAAAUUGAUGGAGCACUUGGUGAUGGCAAGGGUGCAGUGGAUGUCAUUAUAAAGAUGGUCUCUGCUGAUAAAAAAGCCGAGAAGGAAAAUGGUUCUAAAGACCAGUUAGGCAAGAGAUCCUCCCAAAAAGGGCGAAGAGGCGCUUCUUUAUCUAGACCUGUAAUAUGUAUAUGCAACGACCUAUAUGCACCCGCCUUGAGAUCAUUACGUUUGAUGGCAAAGGUUCAUGUAUUUGUUCAGCCAACAGUUAAUCGAAUAGUCAGCAGACUCAAGUACAUAUGUAACCAAGAGGGAAUGAGAGCAAAUUCUGCGGCGUUAUCUGCCCUUGCACAGUAUACAGAAUGUGACAUUCGCUCUUGCCUUAACACUCUUCAGUUUCUCUACAAGAAGAAAGAAACCCUUUCCGCUGUGGAGAUUGGUUCUCAAGUGGUUGGACAAAAGGAUAUGUCUAAAAGUGUCUUUGACGUUUGGAAAGAGAUUUUUUAUACAAGAAAAAUGAAGCUUCAGAGUAGAUCGGGCGGUAAAUUCAGGAACGUGUGUGAUAAAAUGGAACAUCUAUACUCGCUUUUAUCAUAUCGUGGUGACUAUGAUUUGAUUUUGGAUGGGAUUCAUGAAAAUAUUUUGCAACUUAAUUAUCAUGAUCCAGUGAUGCAAAAGACUGUCAAAUGCCUUGAAAUGCUUGGAAUUUCAGAUCUUAUGGGCCAGUAUGCUAUGCAGACACAUCAUAUGAACCUUAAUGUUUAUCGACCUUCUUGUAUAAUUACCGUACAUCGGCUGGUGGCCCAAGUUCAAAGACCGAAUAUUGAAUGGCCAAAAUCUAACCAAAGAUGUCGGGCACUGUUAUUGGAAAAGACGGACAAUUUGAGGUCUUGGCUUUGCAAAGUUCCUCCAAUUAUUUCAAGGCACAUAAACUCUAAGACAUUGGUGGAAGACUUGGUUUCUCCUUUAUUGCAUAUAAUAUCACCCCGAACUCUUCGACCGAUGGCCAUGCACCUGCUAUCGGAAAAAGAGAAAGAUAACCUCACUCAGUUGGUUAGCGUCAUGGUGUCUUAUGCUAUCUCGUAUAAGCAAAUAAAAUCCGAUCCCCGUCUCAAUAACACCAGACAUGAAGCAACUUUAGAUGGUUCAGUUCUUGCUUUGGAUCCACCCAUAGAUGGUUUUGUUUGUUUUAAGGGCUAUGAAAGUUGUCAUAAUGUACUUCCAUUACCCAUGAAGCAAUUGUUGAUUCAUGAGGUUGAGAAUCAAAAAAUUUUCCAAGGGAGCUAUGGCAAAUUGGAGCAUAUAUCAGAGGCCAAGAAGGUAAACCACGAAGGUUCCGAGGACAAACCUUUAAGAGGUGGACUCAUGAAAACUGAUCCUGCAGCCUUAUCGGCUAAAAACAAGGUAGACGACCGAAAAUCUUAUACGGCACAGCACCGUCCAAGUCACCCAACUUCAGCUUUCAAUGGGAAUUCUGCUCCAAGUGUUAGUACAAAGUCCUCUGGAGCCCAGAAAAAAUCCGCUUUGGGUUCCUCAAGUUUCUUUGAUAGGUUUCGAAAAUCAGGUGGUAAAGGCUCCCAAAACACUGAUUCCAUCGACAAGAAGGAAAUUACAUUGGAGAGAGAUCUACGUCCGUUUCUAUUUAAAUUUAACGAGGGUUUUACGAAUGCAAUAAAGAGACCGGUUCGGGUUCGCGAGUUUCUGCUAUGACGAAUUACUUGCUCAUCCUACGUCAAGAGGCUAUUUUCUGGUAUCAGUUUUUGCAUAAAUGUUCAUAUUGUUUACUUUUAUAUAUCAAUUACUAUAUCCUGCAGGUUUCCUAGUUAAGUGCUUAGAUUCCUUGAAUUGGUACAUAUCCUCUGCUUUUACUAUGAUAGUUAACUUCAAUUGAUCCUUUUAUUCCUUUUUGACA